AUGAGAGAACUGGAGAAUGACAACCUCAAUCGUUUUCUCGGGCUGUGCCUCGAUGGACCACAAUUAAUUUCGAUAUGGAAAUACUGCAGUAGAGGGAGUCUGAAUGACGUUAUCACCAAAGGAUCGACUACCAUGGACAACAUGUUCGUCUUCUCACUAGUACGAGAUAUCGCGCAUGGCUUGGCCUUCAUUCAUCAGUCGUUCUUGGAGUAUCACGGCUCUCUGACAUCGAAAUGUUGUCUCGUGGAUGACCGUUGGCAAGCGAAGGUAUCCGACUACGGCCUAAGAAAGUUAAGAGUGUAUGACAAGCGCUUGCCGCAAGGUUAG